UUCAUAAGUCUACACACCUCCAAACCACGCAGCAAGCCUUUACACCUCACUUAAGAAUAAAGUUCAGUUUCUCAGGAGUUUGUUGUCUUCACAGCAGCCCAGUUAUGUUUGCUGCCAGCAGCCCAGGGUGCCAGAGUCACCUGUACAAUUCCAUACGUUCAUAUCUCCACAAUCAGAACAGAGCACAGCCCAUUAUUGGUCUGAACUCCAUCACAGAGGUUUUGGCGUAUAACCAGCCUGCAUUGUACUUUUGUGAUGUCUGCGUUUUGAGAAUAACCAAGGCUGAUAUCAGGAACCACAUCAUGGGCAGCAUCCACAGAUACAAUUACAUUAAAUCUCAUCAUGCACAUGGGUGGACGUCUGAUACAGACCUGACUCUUUUGGCUCGCCCUCUAAUGGAUAUUGCAAAAAAGGUUGAAAAGAAGGAGGGAACAGGUGAUAUACAGGUUCUGAGUGUGGAUGAAGUCAUCUUCAAGGAGAUGGAAUCAUUGCCUGUCCCUAAUGCCUUUGCUCAGAUGAAGAAGAUCAAGGAUCAGCGAAACUCUAACGCACCUAAUUUGCUUGUUCACAACAGCCCGUCUGAAGGUAAAGAAACCAGUGCUCAAGAGCAGCAAGACUCUGACAAUAUGAAUGGGACUGCACAACGUUCAACUUUAGGAUGUCUGGUCCCAACACAAACCGCAGGUCCUGUCAAACCAUUAUUCACAUGCCAGGAUAUAUCUACACCUCAGAGUCUAGUGGAUUCUCAUGUUUCAUCUAGAAUACCUUUUCUAGAAAGCUCCCCAGCUCCAGUCAUCAGCCAACACAUAAAUCAGUAUCAACCAAUCCCAGGCAGAAGCCUUCAAAGAUACAUAAUGCCAUCUGAAAACCAGUGUUAUACUGAAUCAAGGACAAUCUCUGUUGUAAGACCACCAAGACAGUAUAUCCCCAUCAGAGUUCACUGCCAGAAUGAUAUUGUGCAUGCUGAUGAAGAUGAUGGGAACAGUUCUGUCCAGUCAUUUGGAGUUAGCUAUGAAUCAUAUCCAAUGCACCUGGCCCAAACCAUUCCGUAUAAUAUCCAGAGGCAAACUCCAUCUCUUUCAGUGAGCCACAUCAUGGUACCAGAGUUAACCCAGGAUCUAUCAAACAGGCAUGGAUUUUUCAGGAUGGAAAGCUCACCUGUUAGUCCAGAGCCUGUCAGAGAUGUGGAGAUCGUUAUCAAGCAGAUAAGAACCCAAAUGAUAACAGAAGCACUGGAACCGGCUACAACGCAUGAUUUAAGUCUGUCUGAGUCUAAUUUAGAAGAACCAGUCAACACCAGCUGGGACGUACAUGAGGAGCCUCAAUCAGAAACCUUGGCAGAAGAAAACACCUUUGUGUUCUCACAAAGUCCAAUUGCCCAGUCUCCUCUUUCUCAGACUCAAAGUCCAUCUGAUCAGUUUCAAUCAAUAGAAGAUUUUCUGGAAAACUACAAUGGUCGAAAGCCUCUUAUCGGUCUACAAGCUGUUAUUAAGUGCCAGAGCGUGGAUGGGAAUCCACCUCCAUGCUGUUACCUGUGUCAGCUGUGCUCUUUGAAGCUGAAGAAGAAAAAAAUAUUCAGCCAUCUGACUGGCUGUGAUCACCAGCGAAACUACUUGAAAGCUCUCCAUCCACAGCUCUUGCCUAAAAAACGUAAACACUGCAACACAAAUGAGAUGCUUGAGGAUAUUGCUAUCCAGCUGGAGAAAGAGGAUGGAAGAGGGCAUAUAAAAGUGAUGAGGUUGUCUGCAUGUCUCAUUAGUGAGGUACUGGAAAAGGAUUAUCAUUGGUGCAUGAGGGUGUUGAACUGUGGAGCCGAUGUGGGGUGGAGAUCAGGUCUGUUGUCUUUCAAGAAAGGAACUAGCAACACCACAGGUCCCAGACAGACUCUUAAACGUCUAGCACAGGCUAUGCUGCCCCCUUCUGAUGCACAGACUUUAAUAGCUCCAACUCAUCAGAUGUCCAAAAAAAUGAAGAAGGGUCAUCCUAAGAAAGUAGUAUGUACAAACAAAGUUAAGGAGCCUGUGUUUAAGGUAAGCCUGUCACUGCAGGAGGGACCUGUUAUCAUUGAGAGAACAUCUCUAAGAGAGACAACCACAGUGGCACCUGAGAUCGAAGACCGAAGCCCUGCAACCACAUGCACAGACAAUGAUGCACUGCCUUUAGCAGCUAACACACAUUCUGAAGUUCAAAUGAGCUUUCACAGCUGUACGUAUGAGAAACAGUUCACAAAUCCUGCUCAUUAUGCAUAUUCAGGGCAGUUUGACCAGUCUCAAGUUAUUCAAUAUCUCGAGCCUAAUCUCAGACCUAGGGACUGUGGUCCAGUGGAUGAGGUGGUCAGUGUCACGUAUGCUGAUUGGCCGCUGCAGGACUGGUCCUGUUCAAACAACCAGUGGAUUGUAAUGAGGCAAAACAGGGAUGGAAGUGAUUAUUCUGAGUGUGCAAGUUACAUGCAGUACUGAUGAGAAUGAGUCUUGAAGCAUCAACAAAUAAUAGUUUGAGCACUUUUUUGAGAAGAUGUUGAGAAAUGAUUUAGCAUUUUUUCACUAUUACAAUAUUUUUCUGUAUUUUUUUUUUUUACAGCCAUGUCUCUAAAGUUGGUAAGAGGUGGUACCAUUACUGAAUUAUUAAAUCAUUUUUUAUUUUGUGAGCUCCAAAAACUUCUACAUUAUAUAUAGAUAUUGCUUGUUCAUAUCUUUAGUAUUGCAGAACAAUACACUGAAUUUGUAUGCUUUAAUUUUUUUUUACUUAUUGUUUUUUUCAUCAGUAUUAUUCAUUUAACUUCAUCCUCCAUCAAAAAUACAUUAUAUAUUAGUUACU